CUGACAUCACGAGUCUGUUGACUGGCAUCACGUGACCACGGCUCUGCCAGUCACAACAGACAUGGCGGCCGCCGCCCGUGGAGUAUUGCUCCUCUCUCUCUUAGUUCUGCUGCUGAACGCGACGUUCUGCAGCGGCGACACGUACAGGAGACAGUUGUCUCUGGAGUUGAACCCGGGUCUCAACUCUUCCGUCUCCCCGCUCCCCCCGGGCAUCAACCUCGUCCACAUCCGGUCGCUAGGCGACGGGGACACUCUGCACUUCCUGUUGUGUAACCAAGGACCACCGACCCUCCUCAUCGUCCACACCAACAGCACCUCCUCCUCCGUCCAGGUGGACUGGCCAGCCUUCCUGUCUGGUAACAACAGCGGGAGCCUGCGGGUGGAGCCAGAGAACUCUGUCCUCCACAGCAACGCUCUGGUCUUAGUCAGGCUCUGGGAGUACGAUGACCUCAACGACACGGCCGACCCCCAGACGGUCCCCCCCUCCAGCUUCCUGCCUCCGUACGAGCUGAGCCGCUUCCAGUGGGGGCCGCUGAACAGCAGCACCCUGGACCCCCAGGGGCCGGGGGGCCCCGAGGCCCGGCUCUGUGGGGGCGACGGGUCCCCGGCCUUCAGCCAGGGGGAGCUCUGCCUCCAGCUGUCGACGUUCGGGUCGGGGGGCCGGGCGGCGGGCUGGCCCGGGCUGCUCCACAGCGCUAACUCCUCCCAGCUGGGGUUCUGGCUGCAGGGGGUCCGGCCGCGGGCCGACCGCGCCCGCUUCCUGCUGGAGCUGCAGGGCCUGGGCCGACCCCACGGCCCCGGGAGGGUGGAGGUCAGGAGGUCCAUCGACGACGAGUACAGCCCCUCCAUCUUCACCGUGUCCCAGUGGCUGGCCACGCCCCCCGACCAGUCCUCCCCGGUCCUGGGGUUCGUCCAGUGGCGCCCCGUGGCGUACCGCCGGCCGCAGCCCGAGUUCAGCGACACCACGCCCUGCCACCACAGCGCGCCAGCGGCGGUGGAGGCGGCGGCCUCGGGGCUGGGGCCGGCCUUCUACGGGGCGGAGGCCGAGGCCAGCGGCCUCAACAUCAGCUUCGGCCAGCCAGGGGAGCCCGCCUACAACACCACCCAGUACCUGAGCUGGACGGUGCUGGCUGGCGUCGGGGCCCCCCCGGCGGACUCCUUCUCCCCCCUGGUCAUCUGCAUCAUGGCCGUGGGCCUCGGGACCCCCCUGCUGCUCCUGCUGCUGGGCGGGGUCUUCGUCUGCGUCAGGAAGCACCGCCUGGCCGAGGGGCAGGCCUACCGGCCAAUCAACUAGCACCACCGCCUGGCCGAGGGGCAGGGCUACCGGCCAAUCAACUAGGACCACCGCCUGGCCGAGGGGCAGGGCUACCGGCCAAUCAACUAGCACCACCGCCUGGCCGAGUGGCAGGGCUACCGGCCAAUCAACUAGGACCACCGCCUGGCCGAGUGGCAGGGCUACCGGCCAAUCAACUAGGACCACCGCCUGGCCGAGUGGCAGGGCUACCGGCCAAUCAGCUUGGACCACCGCCUGGCCGAGUGGCAGGGCUACCGGCCAAUCAACUAGGACCACUGUCUCUGAGGCCUCAGAAGGGACUUUAAACGCUCUGGUUGGAGUUUGAAUCCUCAGGUGCCUUGCUCAAGGGCUUGUUCUACUGUAGGACAUUGAACUUGUUUUUACUCCUGCAUUUUCUGUAUAAAACACAAUUUUUAUUGCAAUUUUCUCCAACUGUUGAACAAUUUCUUCCAUGAUUAUUGAAAUUGAAUUAUUGUUUGUUUCUGUCAUUGUUGUACAAAGCUUUGUGUUUUACAAAUGGCAUUAUUGAAUUGAAUUGGAACUGAAUGGAAUUACAAAUAAACCCUGAAUCUAACUGGGAAA